AUGGGUUCCUUGCUGGUUGCCAUAGUGCUGGUGCCCUUUGGCCCGUUCACCACACGUCUGGACAUGUCUGACCGCUCCUCGGUACCUGCAAGCCCCACAGCUGCCAGCAGGGGGAAAACGAGCCGCCACGGCCCGGCAGCCAUGAACCAGACUGUGCUGCACCAGUUCUGCUGCCCGGCCCCAGAGGCCCCCGAGGGGGAGUCCUCGGCCUGUGUCCCCAGCGACGACCUUCCUCCAGACUCACCCUCAGGUGAGGAGGGAAAGAGAGAGGGAGAAGGGGAGCUCCAGCCCCAGGUCCAACCCCAGCAGACUGAGCUCCAAGCCCAGCCCCAACCUGAACCCCAGCCUCAGCCUAAACCCGAGGGCACGAGUGUGGGCGAAACACAGCAGGAGGUCACCCCCGCAGCCUCCCGCUCACCAAGCGGAGGGGAACUCGAGCAGGAGGAGGGAGAACGAGGAGAUAAGGAGGAGGAGGAGAUAAAGCAGAAAGAGGUGGUGGAUUCGCAGCAGGAGCAGCAACAUGAGGGGAGGCAGCAGUAG